AUGGAGAAAGUGGAAGGAAGAAACCAGACACUCAUCACAGAAUUCAUCCUCUUAGGAUUUGGGGAAGGCCCAGAACUCCAGCCCCUUCUCUUCUUGGUGUUCCUCGUCAUCUACUUUGUGACUUUGACAGGGAACAUCCUCAUUAUGGCGCUAGUGGUGGCUGAUCGGCACCUCCACACCCCCAUGUACUUCUUCUUGGGAAACUUGGCCUUCUUGGAGACUUCCUACACCUGCACUAUUCUGCCCAGGCUGCUGGCCAGCCUCCUGACUGGGGACAGAGCCAUCUCCGUUAAGGGCUGCCUGGUUCAAUUAUAUUUCUUUAGUAUCCUGUCAACUAUUGAAAAUAUGAUCCUCACGGCCAUGUCAUACGAUCGGUAUCUAGCCAUCUGCCACCCCCUCCGCUACGCUGCUCUGAUGAACGGCAGGGUGUGUAUCCAACUUGUGUCAGCAUCCUGGAUAGGUAGCCUUCUGGGCUGUGCCCUAGUACAAAUUUUCUUGUUCCAAUUAACAUUCUGUGAUUCAAAAGAAAUUGACCAUUUCUUCUGUGAUUUCGCACCCAUGCUACCGCUCUCUUGUAGCAGCACCCAGAUUUUGCAACUAGUGGCAUUUAUUGAUGCUGCCAUCGUGACACUUAUACCUUGUGUAAUGACUCUGGCUUCCUACGUUUGUAUCAUCGCCACCAUCCUGAGAAUCCCUUCCAGUAUCGGGAGGAAAAAGGCCUUUUCGACCUGCUCCUCCCACCUCUUGGUGGUGACACUUUACUAUGGAAUUGUGUUUGCUGUCUAUGUGGUUCCAAUAGUCAACACUCCCAAUGAAUCACAAAAGGUAUUUUCUGUCUUCUGCACGGUCCUGACUCCCAUGAUUAACCCCAUCAUCUACUGCCUGAGAAACAAGGAGGUCAACGAGUCACUGAAAAAAGCUAUUCGUACACUGCUUGCUGUCAGACACAGGAAUAGAAUCUGA